UUACAUCAUACAUAGUAGUGUUCAGUAUUUGUAAAUAUGCUGAAGGGUAAAGAAAAUGUAUAUCAGUUGUUAUUAUUAAAUCUACACAGGAACUAAUUUCCAAUUUAAACAAUUCAUACAUUAUUGAAUAUGAAGGUCCUUUGGUGCAUCAGAGAAUGUUGAAAUGGAUGGCUAGAUUGGUUGUAGCUAUGGAUUACUAGUUUUGCUUUUCUACACUUGAAACCAUUCACAAAAUUCUGCAUGUGCUUACAGAAUAGCAUUCAGACAUCUUUUGUGCACAGGAAAAUCUCAUUCAGCUUGAAAGAGGUACGAGGCAUCAAAAAAAUGAAUACACCUUCAAAAAUGAAGCUUGAACCUGUGUACUUAGAUGAACUCAACACUCAAAGUAAAGACUACAAGGUUAAAGUGACUGUAGCUGAAAAAGGAAGGGCUCAACCAUCACCAAAAAAACCAGGUGUUAUAUUUCAGACAAUCAUCUUAUAAGAUGAGAAGAAAAACAGAAUGAGAUGUGCUCUUUUUGGAGAUCAAAUACAUGCAUAUGAAGAUGUUUUGAAACCAACUGGGCAAUAUGAAAUAUCGAAAGCUCCUACAACGUAUAUAGAUGAGCAGUACAAGAUUAACCUUGAGGAGCUUCCAUAUCAGAUGACUAUUGGACAGCAAACUAUCAUUCAGCGUUUAAAUCCAGAGGCUGGUCCAAUUGAGCCUAGAUAUCAGCCACUGUCAACUCUCCCAAGAUCACCUGAUCCCAAUGGCAGAUUUGAUAUUGUUGGUGUGGUUCUGUUUGUUGAAGAUGCACCUCGAAUGAUAUCUAACAUUCGUGGGCGUGAGAGUCCAGUUCGUGAAAUAUCUGUUACUGACACAAGCCAAGACCAUGCUAUGACAAUUUCAACAUGGAAUGAUCUCACUGGUAAACCUUGCGAUGCGAUGAAUAAUUGGGCAGAGAGAUUCAAUGUUGUCGGUUUUACUGCACUUAAAACUCGCCAUACAAGAGGAUUCACUUUGAACACUACUAUGUCUACUAGGAUUAUUAUGAAUCCUAAAGGAGAAAGAGCAGAUAUGCUCCGAGAAUGGGUCAAAUUGUAUCAGCAUGUCUUGCUUGAUAGACAAGAAAAGAUUCUGAAUGUUAGAUACCCAAGUGCUGAGAAAAAAGUUGUGACCAUAGCUGAACUGCGGAGCAAAAAGGCUUCAAAUGCAAUUCCAGAUGAGGUAGCAUGGAUUAGAGUCACUAUACCAGACCCUGACCUACAAAGAGUAAAUGCAUACAUUGGUUGUCUAGGUUGUGGAAAGCGAACACACCUUCCUGUUGGAACUCGGUUUCCUUGCAUCUCUUGCAAGAAAGGAGAAACUACAACUGUUUACAGACACUUUCCAUGAACUUAUUUAUAUGUUAUUGUUGACAUAAUAAGCUUAUCUACUAAUUCUAACUCCUUUAAUGCAUAUUUGUACAGAGUGACUUUCAAGUUCGACGCUGCUGAUGAAAGUGGGACAAUGUCAUUUACAACAUUUAAUGAUGACACAGAAAAGCUUUUCCGGAAAAAAUCAAAUGAAAUUUGGAAUAUCAAGAGCACUGCAAAUUUGGAAGCUUUCACAGUGGUGAAAGAAACUCUUUCUACUAAACCUUUCUUCAUUUAAGUAACUCCUACUCAAGAACUAGCCAUGAACAGUGUGCUGCUUUGGACUCUCAAGGGCAUUGAUGUAGAGGAUAAUGAACCAGAAGCUCAACCUCUAGCUUCAGCAGUGCCUGAGACUUGCGCUAUGAAUAGAGAGCAGUUCCAUACUUCACCUUUAAUGUCCACAGCUAAGGCUGCUUUCAACACAGACAGUACAACAGCAUUUGAUGAGGCUUUUGCUGAAGCAAUGCAAUUUCAAGAGAUGAGAUUAGCUUCACAGGCAUUCAACACAGAUUGUUUUGAAAUUCCAAAUCAGCCACCAAGCAAGGGUAUUGUCAUUUUAGAGCCACCAGCAUCAACUGCUGAACUGCCUACCUGGGCCAAACUUUCUCGCCCACGAAGCAAUGUGAAGAAUAAGGAAGCAAUGCUUGCAGAUGUAGACAUGGACAUAGAAGAUGAAGAUCAGGUUCCCAGGAAGAGACUCCGUACAACUCUUUUCAAGGACUCCGCUGAAAAAGAUAAUGGCGAGAACAAAGACUCUGCAACACCCAACCUCAGUGAUGCAUGAUUAAAAGUAAUUUAAAGUCUAUAAAAAUGCAGCUGCUUUUGCUCGUAAAAUUUAGCUUUUAAGUAUGGUACUUUGCUAAGGAUUCAGCUUCUUAUGGAUGUUUAGAAGGAACAUUUUGCUCAUCUUGUGUUCCCUAUAAACAUCGUUUAUGUAUUUAGUAAUGCAGUCAUGUAGUAAGCCAAGCUAUGUAGUAAAUGUAAGCUUUUGGACAUCCUAUUCUAAGUUAGUCAAGAACUUCAGUUAUGUUAAUGUUUAUAAUAUCAGCAAAAGCCUUAUAAAUUGGCUAUAAUGUAUAUAUUGAUAUC